AUGAAUCCUGUGGAGAACAGUACAGAGCUGAGGGAGUUUGUCCUCGUGGGUCUCACCAAAGCUCCAGAACUUCAGGUCCCACUCUUUGUCCUGUUCACUCUUUUAUACCUCACCACUCUGAUUGGGAACCUGGGCAUGAUCGGGCUGAUUCUUGUGGACUCUCGCCUCCACACUCCCAUGUAUUUUUUCCUCAGUAACCUCUCGCUAGCCGACUUUGCUUACUCUUCAGCUGUGACUCCCAAGGUCAUGGCUGGGUUCCUUGUAGAAGACAAUAUCAUCUCCUACAAUGCAUGUGCUAUCCAAAUGUUCUUUUUUGUAGUGUUUGCAACGUCAGAAAAUUUCCUAUUGACCUCAAUGGCCUAUGAUCGCUACGCAGCAGUGUGUAAACCCCUACAUUAUUCCACCAUCAUGACAAGCAGUGUAUCUAUUCGCAUGGCCCUAGGCUCCUUUGCCUGUGGUGUCCUCAAUGCCUGUUUCCACGUGGGCGACGUAUUCAGCCUUUCUUUAUGUCGGUCCCGAAUGAUCCAACACUUCUUCUGUGAUGUUCCAGCCAUCUUGGCUCUCUCUUGCUCUGAGAAACUCAUUAGUGAGCUGUUUCUUGUUUCUCUGACAACUUUUAAUGUCGUUUUUGCUCUUCUGAUUAUCUCAGUUUCCUACCUGUUCAUAUUUAUGACCAUCUUGAAGGUGCGUUCAGGUCAAGGAUACCAGAAAGCUUUGUCCACCUGUGCUUCCCACCUCACUGCAGUGUCCAUCUUCUACGGGACAGUCAUCUUCAUGUACCUACAGCCCAGCUCCAGUCACUCCAUGGACACGGACAAAGUGGCAUCAGUCUUCUACUCCAUAGUCAUCCCCAUGCUCAACCCUGUGGUCUACAGCCUGAGGAACAAGGAAGUGAAGAACGCAUUCAAGAAAGUUGUUGAUAUUGGUGGGAUUCAACUUCAAGUUGAUAAAUUUACAAUGAAGAAUAGAAGACCAACCAGGAGGGGACAGAAUGUGCUAGAGGUUGGAAGGGGGCUGCGUGGUUCCUCAACCGUGUCUCUUGUGGAGCACUUGUACUCCACUGUACAAUUAAGGUUUUCUUCCCCAAAUGUCAAUGUGAUCUUAGGCCCUCCGGCUGGGGCUAGUCUCCCAGUUCUAGUGGUGUGCGGCUUUGUGGCCUAG